ACCAGUGCUAAUUGGGCUCCAUUCCUCUUUGAGAGACUCUCCAUCUUUCCCUGUGUCUCUCCCCCAAUUCUAAUAUUCCUGAACAUCUUUUGUCUACUUUUCUCUCCCUCUCUAAAAUCUCUCUCUCUCUCUCUCUCUCACUUCCCAACCUUUACCAAUCUGCUUUCUUUGACCUGUCGUGCGCUUUUCUUCUCCAAAUCGAAGCCAUAGAUUCCCGUCACACCAUUUCCCUUUCUCAAUCCCAUCCCAAGCUGCAUGAAAGCUGAUAGAUAGGCCACCUAGUACAGAUUAAAGUUUUGAACAUACUAUGGGGUGCUUCACAGUUUUGAAGAGCAAGAAGAAAAAGUCUGAGCAGACUAUAUAUAUUAAACGUGUCCCUAACCAUAAGGAGCAAACGCCAGCUACGUUGCCUGAACCCCAAGUACAGACCCGCACGCUACAGUCUGCACCCCCGAGUUUUAGGAACAGAGUGAAACCUGUUCAGCCGGUUAAUAGCAGAGCCACCAACAAUAGAACACGGGCAUUAUCUGCUCCAUCGACCCUUGAUGCAGCAGACCAAGAGGCUCUCUCUUCAGUUGAAUAUGAAGAACCAGAAGACUCAAAGUACCGGUCCGGAACGAUAAAGGAACAGCUGUCCCCAAUUCCCCAACCUCUUCCUCUCCCAUCACCACAGGGUGCUGCUGCACUGAGGACUACAGGAAGUUUUAAGUCAGUGACUACUAGCGGCCCUCUCUAUGCUUCUGGACCAUUGCCACUGCCUCCUACAGGAGCACUGCCUGCUGGAACACUACCUACUGGAACACUACGGAACUUUUUAUAUGAAGAAAUAGCAUCAGCUUGUCACAAUUUUUCUUCAGACCGAUGCAUGUCAGAAGGCCUUUCGUCUAUUAUAUACAAGGCUUCCUUUGGAGAUGAUUCAUCAAGUUCGAAAAAAUUUGAAGCUACUGUUACUCGCCUUCACCCAUCCACUCAGGGUUUAAAGGAGUUCAUAAAUGAGAUCAACACCCUUGCAUCUUUGCAACAUCCAAACCUUUGUAAAUUGCUUGGUUUCCAUGCACGUGAGGGUUCAGAACAAAAAUUGUUGGUCUACGAGAGGCUCUUUCACGGAAGUUUGGACCGGCUUUUGUAUGGAAGAUCAGACAAGCCCCCAAUAGACUGGAAUACAAGAAUGAAAAUUGCUUUAUGUGCUGCACAAGGUCUUACUUUCUUGCAUGAAGAAGGGCCUUUCCAGGCAAUGUACAAUGAAUUUUCAACUGCCAACAUACAGAUUGAUAAAGAUUUUAGUGCAAAGCUUUCAGGAUAUGGUUGCGUCAGCCAUAUUCCUGAGGCAGAGAUCUCUAAUAAUUCCGUUGCAGUGGCAAAUCUAUCAGUAGAGACACUUGAAAGAGGAAUGCUCACCCCAAAAAGCAAUGUUUGGAGUUUCGGGAUUGUGCUUCUUGAAUUACUCACUGGUCGGAGGAAUCUUGACAGCCGUCAUCCCAAGGAAGAGAGGAAUUUAGUUAAAUGGAGCCGGCCUUUCCUAGCUGAUGACUGUCGACUUUCACUAAUCAUGGAUGCUCAGCUGAAAGGCCGCUUCCCAGCCAAAGCAGCUAGAGCUGUGGCAGACAUUGCACAGAGAUGCCUUCAGAAGGACCCAUCAGAAAGACCCACAAUGAGAACUGUUGUUGAGCAUCUCAAGAUCGUACAAGAAAUGAAGUACUCAAGUAGGUUUCCUUUGCAAGAGCCAGCAUUUGCUGGAAAACACAUGUCAAGAUCGCCCAGUCUUAACGGAAUAGUAACCCCUGUGCCUCGGUUAAGUUUCUCUCCCUCGCCACCAUCAAGAGCCCGUCCAUCCAUUUCACCUACAAGACGACCUGCCCUACCUAUGUCUCUUCCUCCACGUGCUUGUUCCUCCACCCUCACUUUGGAGGAGCUAGGCCGGCAGCAAAGCCGGAAAUCAUCAUCAGCUGUUCCUAGGGCUAGUGUUGAGGGAUUUUGAUUGUCUAUAAUGUGCUUCUUUUUUAAUUUUUUUAAUUUUUUUUUGUUGUGAUUCAACACAAUAUAUAGAAGAUAAGAUGUGGUUCCACCUUACCAUCUCGCAAGAUGGUCAAACAGAGAGGAUGCCCUUUUGUAGAUAUAGUGCAUGCCUGGCUUUCUGGGUUCAUCUAGCUUCCGUUUACUCUACUGCGCAAUUCAACCGGUUCAGUUUUUCUUUUUAUGUACGUCAAACUUGUGUUUAGAUAAUAUGUUUAUAAUGAA